AUGACCCGCCCUGCUUCGCCUCCAUUGCUCGCCGAGCUCCGUGAUCCGUCUUCCAUUUCCGCGCAGGUGGCCGCCCUCAGAGCGCUCAAGAAUGAGAUUAUUGGCCAUGAGCAGCGCAAAGAAAGUUGGAUCAACCUCGGCGUGGUCCCACCUGUCGUCCGAAUCCUGACCUCUGCUCGUGCGCGGGGCAAAGCUGCUUCAAGCAGAGAUGGCAAUGGCAUGUCACGAGACGGUCAAGGCAUUGUGCACGACUCCUUCGGGGAUGCACAGGACGAAGCGCGUUUACAGGCCACCAUUGUCGUUGGAAGCCUAGCUCAAGGUGGGCCGGCUUUCGUGGCACCUCUCCUCUCAGCCGGUGUCAUUCCACCUCUCCUCGCUACCCUAGCCCCCGGCGAAGCUUCACCGCAGCUUCUCCUCGCAACACUGCGCGCCCUCGAUAGCAUUGCACAGUCUCUUCCUUCCGAUUACCCCGGCGUAGGUCUCUCAGAUGCUUCCCUGCCCAGCUUGCUAUGCGGUCGGCGAAAUGCAGAGAAUAUAGCCGCGAUUUUGUCGCAAACCUCAUCCGCCUCCAUCAUUCAAGAACAGAUUGCUCUCACAGCUUCUAUAAUUGCAAAGUCGUGUCGAGAAGAUCGUCAUCGGGCCGCAUUAGCCAGGCAUCAUGUCCUUGAUGCCUUGGCCGCAAGACUAGCGAGCUUCAUUGUAGCUACGGGCUUCAUCUUGUCCACAGCGGAGCCCUCAGCGGACCGCCCUCAUGCGACGGAGGCCAUUCCGCCGCCUGCGCCAUCUCGAGCUCAGUUGGCUCCUAUUUUAGAGGCGAUAGCGGUCAUCAUUCAGCACUCGAAGUACCGGACAUUACAGUUACUUUUUUCCCCCGCUAUGGUUGCCGUCUUUCCACCCUCAAGCUUAGACCCGGUCGCCAAAGCGGCUUGGGGGUUUGCAUUGACGCCGCGAACUGCGCAUCUCAAUCCCAUAGACCAGCUGCUUCCGCAGUUACCCGGGUACUACUCUAAGAGUAGCUCGCCUCAAUCGGCGGCGUUUCCCCCACUUGGCAGUUCACGAUUCUCAAGGACAUCGAGCGCAACGAACUUGGCGUCCGAGCUCGGCUCCAGCAAUGAGCGUGCGCUGGCAGAGGAUAUUGACAGCCCUCUGGUUGCAUGGCUUGUGCAUGUCGCCCGCGCCGAGGGUGGACGGAUCCGGGUCAUGGCCGCUUGGGUGCUUUCGAUUUUGUGUCGCUCCGGCUUUGCGCACAAGCGUCGUGAAGCCAGUCUGGCACUGCUCAUUGUCCCGCUUCUCGUUCGCAUUCUUAAAGAUGAGUGCGACAAGCUGGACGUUACGCAAAGCCCAGAUGCAUGCGACGGAUGGGCUGUCAUAGAGCGAGCUCCCCUGGUGCUUGCAUUACUAGUCAUGGACAGCCCAGACUUACAGAAAGCGGCAGACGACGCGGAUGCCAUAAAGGUCUUGGCACAACUUCUUAAAAAGACCUUUGAAGCAGUCCCGAGCUCAACCCGUCCGGCAUAUUGGAGUGCAAACCCAACCGAGACGCAGUAUGCCUCAUCAUCUGUUGAAGCGCUCAGCUCGAAUAAUCUAGGCCCUGCUGGAGUAUCGCCCAUGGUGACACAUUUGAUGCGGUGCCGGGCGGGCGCGCUCAGCGCUUUAGCCGCUAUUUCCCCGUUUAAAGACGAGUAUCGGAAGAAAAUUAUUGACAAUGGCGUUGUGCCUUAUAUUAUCGACUCGCUGAAACCGUUGGAACCUGGUGCAGCUGGUGUCAGUGAUGGCAUCUCAACCACAUCAGCUGGCAAUCCACCAUCGGUCCUUUUGGCCGCCUGUAGUGCUGCUCGCGCACUCUCAAGGUCGGUCAGUGUUUUACGGACCAGUCUGAUCGACAAUGGCAUUGCUACGCCCCUUUUUUCCCUGCUGAGGCAUCACAAUAUUGAAGUUCAGAUAUCCGCGACAGCAGUUAUUUGCAAUUUGGUCAUUGAAUUUAGCCCAAUGCGUGAGACCAUUCUUGAUGCCGGCGUGCUCCACAUUCUGUGCCAGCAAGCGCACUCACCGAGCGCCAAACUUCGACUCAACGCCGUCUGGGCGCUCAAGCAUCUUGUCUUUUCCGCACCAAACGACGUCAAAAUGUCAUGUGUACGGGAGCUCGGACCCAGCUGGCUUAUCCAGCUCAUCACCGAAGAGACUGAUGAUUUCGGUAACUACGGUGAAGAAUUCAGGCCGUCAACACCACGAACGCCGCUCGGCAUGGGCUCUUCAAAUGCUGCAGGAGAGCAAGUCGAUCUUCUCAACUCGACAGAGCCCGAGCGGCCUUGCGCAGGAGAUGAAUAUGAGGGUGACCUUACAAUGACAGACAGCAUUGGCUCACUUAGCCGAUCAUCGCGGCCAGACGUUUCGCUCGAGACAAAUGGUGCAAACUCGUCAUCGCGACUGGGCACCGCGCCAUCGACUACAGAAAACAUCAAGGCCCGGCUAGCCGUCAUCAAAGAUGAUGAACUCGACCCAGUCCAACAAGCGCGUCGAGACGAUAUCGCUGUACAGGAACAAGGUUUAGACCUCAUUCGAAAUCUCAUCUGCGGUCCCGGCGCCCCAGAGAUGAUUGAUUUCCUAUUCUCUACGCUCGGCCAGGAUCAAAUGUUUCAUAUUUUCGAAUCAAAACUCCGUCCGCGGGUCGUCGACGGCGACAACCAACGUGCCGAUCGGACAGGCGCCCGCGCUCAACGUGCAGCAUCAGCAGGAACAACUACGACAUAUCCCCAGUAUCGAAUUGGCAAUAUCGCAGUUUCCGCCUCUUCUUCGUCUUCGUCUCCUUCUUUCUCUCAGCCACCGCAGAAUGCGAACCAGAACCAGACCUCUGGCAAAUCGAUCCCACCAACGCCUGAAAUCAUCCUUGCCGUCUGUUUUGUGCUUGUUCACAUCGCUGCUGGUCAGCCACGACAUCGACAGAUUCUCAUUUCUCAGAGCGAUCUCAUGUCCGAGCUCGUGCCCUUGUUCAAUCAUCCAAAUCGACAUAUUCGCGCCGCAUGUGCCUGGAUCGUUAUCAAUUUGACAUGGGUAGAUGAUACCUCUGAUCAGAUGAAUGGCCGUGCGAGAGCAUUGGAAUUAAAGAAUCUAGGGAUCGAGAGUCGACUCAGAGGCAUGGAGUCCGAUCCCGAAUUGGAUGUGCGAGAGCGAGUCAAGACUGCGCUGGCUCAGUUAGGAAGUCUCCUAAGAUAG